AUGGCCUUUGGCUGGCUAGUCAUCGCACUUGCCCAGGGUGCAUGGGCUAGUUCCACAGGAAACGAGCGUUGCGUGACUGCCGUCUCCUCGGCGUACAAUUACAUAUCAUUUACUGGCUCUGCCGCAGAAGGCAUAUGGUCUGGAUGUCGAAAUAGACUGAAGGUUGCAUCUAUUUACGCCGCAUCAGAUAUCUAUUGCAACGAGCAGGAGCGGUUGAUAGGAUUCAGUCAACUGGCCAAUCAGUGCGAAGGAGCUGACAACCCCCAGGGGCUUUUGUCGAGAGAAGAUGUCGCUGAAUAUCUCACCGAGGAUGCAAUACGCAAGAUGAGGACGGUGGACUAUCAGGAGCUGUCUCCCCGAGAACCAUCGGAUGCCCCUGUCAUGCUUUCUGCAUCUUACUUCGAAAACAUGUUUAGCACAAUCGAAUACUGGGAAUUCGAGAUUUGGUCACAUCAUGCAUUUGGUUAUUUUGGUUACGCCUAUUGGGGUGGUUUAUUGUUACUGGGGAUGAUGUAUCGUCUGAGUGAUUGGGUUCUCCACAGCCGACAACGCUCAACAGAGCGCGCGAUAGAGUCCAAUAUGUAUCCUCUGAUGAGGGUCUUGGAGCGCACCCCAUUGGUCGGGACAGGUCUUCACUGGAUUCAGACUCACCUGAUUGUCCCAUCGCCCUUGGCAACAACGCAUGGUCGAUAUAUGCUAGGUUGCACUUUCUCAACCAGAGCCGAAGCGCUCGUCAUCACGGGGUUUUGGUUGAUUAGCAUCAUCCUAAGUGUUGUGGGUUACCGAACUUUCACUGGGAAUAUCUACUGGCCGGAUAUCCCGAGCCAGAUUCUUCGGUACUCUGCAGACCGCACCGGAAUCAUGUCCUUUGCAAAUUUGCCCCUUGUGUGGCUCUUUGGUGGACGAAAUAACAUUUUCUUGUGGGCCACCGGGUGGAGUUUCGCAUCAUUCAAUAUAUUUCAUCGCCAUGUGGCCCGGAUUGCUACUGUACAAGCAGUAGUCCACUCUAUCCUCUACCUCGUUAUGUUUCUACAAACGGGGAAGGCCUGGAGGGGAAUGUCCAAGACCUAUGUACUAUGGGGCAUCUUGGCCACGUUCGUCAUGAUUUUGUUGCUGAUAACCUCAUUGGACCGGAUCCGCAUUGCGACAUAUGAGCUGUUCCUGCUCUCCCAUGUUGUUCUUUCUAUCAUUGCCCUCGUUGGAUGCUUCUACCAUACAGUUAUAUUCGAGGGGAAUGAGUAUUGGAAGUAUCUAUGGCCUUCGGCUACUAUAUGGGCCAUUGAUCGACUCCUUCGGGUUAUUCGGUUGUGCUACUGCAACCUUUACGUCAGUAUCUCCAAUAAGGGACCUCUGAGUAUUUCUACAAGUCGCAUGACUUAUGACGAAGCAACCGACGUGGUGCGAUUAGAGGUCAUCCCAGGACUUCCUUCUUUACAACCUUCACCAGGACAAUACUACUUUUUAUACCAGCCCUUUCGACUUACUGGUUGGGAGAGUCAUCCUUUCACCAUUGCAGCUUGGUCGUACGAAGCAGGAGACCGGACACUUUCUACAUCAACAUCUAGGAGGAAGCCGCUCCAGGCACUUGAUGUUUCACACAUACCGCUUCUUUCAGGUCGUGCUGCUGGCCAACAUUACCGACGACACUGCGAACGUGACUGUUCAGAUUCAAAUGGAGCACCGAAGCUGAAAUUGGUCUUCUGGCUCCGUCCGUAUGAUGGGUGGACCCGACAGUUACGUGAACAAUGUCUGAGAUCGUCAGCCAACACAGCCGAACCAAUCAUCCUUCUUGAAGGCCCUUACGGAGACACGUUUCCUUUGUGGCGGUAUGACUCGGUGUUGAUCAUCGUCGGAGGAACGGGAAUUGCAUCGGCGGUGCCUUAUAUUCAAGAUCAUCUCCGUCGGUCUGCCGAGGGCGGUAGUCUCGCAAACGAGAAGACGCGAGUGCGAGACAUGGAGCUAAUUUGGACCACGAAACAGCGUGAGUUUAUUCGAGACGUUUGUCUUCGGGAACUGAAACCUGCUCUUGACCGAGAGGACUUCCGUGCUUCCUUUUACGCCACGCAUGAUCCCACCAGAUGUUUCGAAGAUCUUAACAGUAUUGGACUCAAUAUCCAGCCAGGGAGACCCAAUCUUCAAUCUUUGAUAAUAAACCGGGCCUGUGAUGAGUGUUCAGCUGGUUCUAGUCUUGCCAUCCUUGUAUGUGGCCCGCCUGGAAUGGCCGACGAAGCACGCGCUGCAACGCAUCUUGCCAUGCGGCAAGGUUAUCGCUCAGUCAAAUUUGUGGAAGAGUCUUUUACGUGGUAG